GAUCGCCCCGAACCGGCUGCACCAUGUCCUCCGUGCUUUGGCUACUCCUGGUCCUUCCCGAGCUGGCAGCACCUUUCCGGUGGAACGCAUCUCCGUUCAUCAUCUCGGAGAGCGACCAGGGAGAGUCCCCGUGCCCGCUGGAGUGUCCGCAGGAGCGUGGCCGCCCCGUCUGCGCCUCUGACGGGAAGCUCUAUAAAUCGCUGUGCACCUUCCAGAAAGCGCGAUGCCGCGACUCUUCCCUCGAAGUCCUGCCACGCUUCCGCUGCGGUGGGGCUGCCCACCGGGAACCAAACAAUACCAACCUCACCCGCUGCCUGGAAGACCGAGCAGCCGCCCUCUCACAGUCCCGGCGCCAGAUGCACGCGACGUACAUCCCGGAAUGCGCCGAAGACGGCACCUUCCUGCAGGUCCAGUGUCAUAAACAGACGGGCUACUGCUGGUGCUCCUCACCCGAAGGCAAGCCCAUCAGUGGAACCUCGGUGCUCAACGAGACCCCCAACUGCACAGGUUCCUACACAGUACGAACGUCCUGGCAAGAUCCUAACUCCUCUCGGAGAGAAGAAGGCACCAGGCCCCGGCCCACCCAGUCAAGUCCCCUGCCUCACAAGCAGGAAGGGGGGACCUCUUUGCCGUUCCUGAUGCCCAUCAUCAUCCCGGACUUCAAGCCCAACCAAACGGUGAAGCAGGCGCAAGAGUACCCCCCGUCCUGCGAGCAGGAGCGGCGCGAGGCCAUCGACGAGGCUCGGCAGCACCAGCAGGAGGGCACCUUCAUCCCGGAGUGCGAGGGGGACGGCACCUACAAGGCCGUGCAGUGCCACCAGGCGACCGGCUACUGCUGGUGCGUGCGGGUCGACACCGGCCGGCCUGUUCCGGGCACCUCCACCCGGAGUUUCCCCCCAGACUGUGAGGCUGAUGAGGCCACCAAAAGCGCAGAACUGGCCUCCCUUUUCCGCGAUCGAACCCUGCCAGGUUGUCCGGGUGCAAAGAAGGCAGAGUUCCUCUCCAGUUUGAUCAAAGCCUUGGCUUCGGACAUGCUCCAGUCCAGAAUGAUGCCCAUCCCGUACCAAAGGUUCCCGGACAGCUUGGUGGGCCCCAGCCUGGAGGAGCGGGCGGUCCGCUGGCAAUUUGUGCGGCUCGACAAAGACUUCAGCAACAGCAUCAGCGAGCGGGAGCUGCGUCCCCUGAAGCUCUACAUGAAGAAGAACACCCGACCCAAGCGCUGCGUUCGCAAGUUCCUGGACUACUGCGACCUCAAUGAGAACAAGCUCAUCUCCCUGCAUGAGCUCAAGGGCUGCCUGGGGCUGAGUUAACCCCAUGACUUCACCCAGAAAGGAAUGGAGCUUCCCCACUCCAGAACCCCACGGUUUGGGGUGAGGGCACUCUGUUUUUCUGAGCACUGCGUUCCCGCCUCUGAUUGCAGACUCUUUGCACUUUAAAGAGACGGACUGGACUUUCUUCUGAGAAGGCUGAGGAUGGCUUGGAACAGAGCGAUCAACAUGGAAGGGAAAGGUGGCGCAUUUGCGACUGCCAGUCCACCUUCAUUUUUUCCCUCUUUUUUGCUUUAAACAGGUAGCUAAGAAAAGCCUGUGAUAACCGCCUACCUUUAUAGAUGGUUUUAAAAAAUAAAAAUAUUUUAAUCUUUGCUUUAUUUUUACAAUGUAAUUUGUAAGGGGAAAAUAUGAAUGUAAGGGGCUUCCUUGUUAGAGGGGUUUUAAAAAGAAGUGGCAUUAACCUUUUAAGUUGCUGCCUCUAUAGAAAAAUGGAUUUUAAAGUUGUAGCUUGUUUAUUUGGAUCAAUAAAUUAAAUAUAUACAA